AUGCCACCACCAUUAGGAGAACAUGUAACUCAUAUAUUAUUAGCAGAAUUCGAUAUCGAUAAAGGUUCUUCUCUUGCACAUCAAUAUCCUGAGCCCACCGGUACGGAUGAGCAUCUAUUGGCGGAGUUAAUGUUACCAGAUGGUGCUCAUUUACGUACCGAAGAUUGGACUGUGUUCUUUUUAAACCAAACUGUUCCAGAUCCUGAUAAAAUUUCAAUUAACCUAAAUCCUG